AUGAUGAGCUUUUUGUGCUUAUUAUGCACCUUCCUUCCAGCGUGCAUUCAUAGCACGCAAAGCAGCUCCGUACUCAUGAGCAACCCGGAUAAAGUUGUCUCGCUCAUAUUCAUCGCAGCAUGCUGCAUUGCAUUUGUCCUCUCCAUUGGUGGAGUCAUAUCGUCCUGGGCCACAAACAUUGACCAAGGAUAUGACAACAGCUACCUGACGAUGGGAGCAGGUUCUGCCAUUACGUUUGAUGGCCGUUACGAUGACUACUCAGGAUGGUAUCUAUCGGGAAUGCCUAGGGUCAUCAGCUACGGCAACGAAAAGGCAGUGGGUGGUGCCUCCGUCGCCAUCCUGAUCCUGACAUUGCUGCUCAUUUCGAAGAGGUUCAGCGCAGGCAUAUUCGAGGAAACAACAUUGGGGUAUAAUGGGAGUUAUACGCCUCGAGGCUGGUCUUGCGGGGUGUACGAGCUUGCGUACAGUAUCGGCUACUCUGCAGACACUCUUGAGCAGACAUGCACGCUUCCGACUGUUCUCUCACCCGCCGCAAUGUAG